AGUAAUCUGUGCUGACUAAUCAGUCCAGUUCUCAGUUUGAUUCAGUCAGUCAUUCUUUCAUUUUUAAAGUUCUAGUUUCAAAUUAAUGUUUACUUUUGUGCUAGUAAUCACCCAUGAAAUAAACUAUCAAAAUGAUAAAUAAAUUAUUAAAAUAGUAAUAUAUUAAUGACAAUAAUUAUGUACUAAAAACUUCCAUUAAUUCAAUAAGUAUCCAAAUAUUUUACUGAAAUCAUCGCAAUAUUUUUUAAACACCACGUGUUAAUAAAUGUUUAAAUAAUUAAAUCAAUAAAAUUAUAAACUAGAAAUGGAUACCGAUCCUCAAGAAAAUUCUGAUUUGCUGACAGUGAAACAAAAAUCUAUUUCAAAUGGAAAUGUUCCUAAUGAAACUACAAAAGAACCUCCGGACGGAGGAUUCAUUGCUUACGCGGUCAUGGUUGGCUCAUUUUUGACAAACGGUCUUCUAUUUGGUGUCAUUAAUUGUUAUAGUAUUAUUUAUACAGAAUUACAAAGAACAUUACAAAACCAAGGUGUCGUCAAUGCAGAGAGCCGUGCAGCAUUGGUGGGACCGUUGGCGAUGGGAACUAUGUUCUUGCUAUCUCCGAUUUCGGGAGUUUUAACUGCAUUUAUGGGGCUUCGGAUGACAGCUGUCCUGGGGGGAUCUAUAGCCACUGUCGGAUUGCUUGUAUCAUCUUUUGUUGUAGACAAUGUUAAUGCUCUUUAUUUUACCUACGGAAUAAUGUAUGGCUUAGGAGCGUCCUUUGCUUAUACUCCCUCUCUCGCCAUUCUGGGGCAUUAUUUCAAAAAAUAUUUAGGUCUAGUAAAUGGUAUAGUUACGGUUGGUAGCUCUAUUUUUACAGUCUUUAUGGCAUCUCUUAUGGAAUAUUUGAUAAAUAAUUAUGGUUUGACGUGGCUUUUCCGAAUUUUAGCAAUUUUUACCUUCGGUAUAGCACUUUGUGGAUUGUUAUUUAAUCCUAUUUCUGUUGUAACUCCUGAGAAACCGUUAAAAAAAGAUGACCCUUUUAAGUCUUUAGUGAAAUCAAUAUUAAAUGUAGACAUUUGGAAAAAUAAAAGAUAUAAGUUGUGGGCACUAUCGAUGCCACUUUCUUUGUUUGGAUAUCUUGUGCCAUAUGUUCAUAUCAAGGCUCUUAUGAAAAAUCAUUUUCCUCAAGCAAAUCAUAACUUACCAUUGCAAUGCAUGGCAGCUAUGUCUGGUGUUGGGAGAAUAGUUGUAGGUUAUCUUGCUGACAAAAAAGGAAUAGAUAGUAUAACUUUGCAACAAAUAUCGUUUUAUGUUAUCGGCUGCCUUACUAUUAUCCUACCAUUUGUAACAAAUUUUGGUCUUUUAGUAACUAUUGCUUUUGGUAUGGGUUUAUUUGAUGGUACAUUUAUUGCAUUAAUUGGACCUAUAGCGUUUGAGUUAUGUGGUAAUGUUUAUGCCGCACAAGCGAUUGGCUAUAUGUUAGGGCUUGCUGCCAUUCCAGUGUCUGUGGGACCACCCAUAGCGGGAUAUCUCUAUGGGAUUUACAACUCUUAUAAGUUGCCUUUCAUCCUAGCUGGCAUUUCUCCUUUAGUAGGAGCAACUCUAAUGUUCUCUAUCAGACUUCAUAAAAACAAACCAAAUUCCGAAGUUAACACUAACGGCCACGUAGGAUUGGACAGAAGAAACUUCGAUAAGGAUCCUGAAUUAUAAUGAAAUUACGUAACUGCACUAAUAUUAGUACUGAAUAUGAGAGAUUUAUGGCAGAGUAAUCGAGUAGGAAUAGAAAUGUUGUGAUAGACUUAUGACAUCCAUGAGAGUGCCUAAGUAAGUGGUAUAGUUUGCGUGCGCCAGUAAAUCGUGUAGGCUGUGGAUACAGAGUGAGGGACUGGUUCGUUUGGUCCUGUAUUUCUUUUAUGUAUAGAUUAUGUUUUUUAAUAACGGUUAAUUAUGUAAUUAAAUAUAUUUGCAUUAAAAAAAAUGUAAUGUAAAUUGAAAUGAAUUAAACAAACUAGUACUAAAUUUCCAAAGAAGGUAUUAUCACCGAUUAAAUUUCGCAUUUUAUAUGUUCGGUAUUACUUUAUAUUAAUAUCACGCAAUACAAGUUGUAUUGGAAUAUUUAUUUACAUAUUUGAGACUGUAUAUAUUGUGUUGUUUUGAUCUUGUGAAAAAGGUGAUACUGUUUCUUAACUAUAGUGGAAACAAGCUGUUAUAUUAUGUGUUAUAACGUUAUUUGUUUAAAAGUACAAGGAUCAAUUAACAUAAUUAAUAAUGAAAAGAAAAAGUGAUACAGAGCUAUAUAUACUAUAAAAAGAAUAUAACUUAUUUAAGUAACCUUUGUGGUUUGUGUAGUCUUAUUUAUUUGGAAUAAUAAUAAUAUUUUGUAUAUAAAAUCAAUUUACAACAUGACAAUAUUUUCCUAUUUAUAUGUUUACCAUAUAAGGUUCCUAAUGUAACAUGUAAGUAUUAAAUUAUAAACAGCUAAUAAUUAUUUACUAUUAAUUAUUUUUGACACCAUUGAAAUAUUUUUGUCUUAUGUAUAUAAUUACAAUAUUUUUGAUUCUACAAACAGUGAUCAUAUUUUUGAUAAAAUUAUUGACAAUAAAUAAAUACGUUAUAAAAAUGGUAAUGUACUUGUAGUAUCUAAAAUGAUUGUAUUAUUUACGUUAUAGAUAGAAUCCACCACCGUUAUAAUAUCUAAACUAUAUGGAAAUAAAAAUGAAACACAUUUAGUUCGAAUAAAACUGCAUUUGUAUUUGUAAAAUAGUGACAUAAUAUGUGACAUACCUAUCAUUACAAAUUACACUAGGAUAAACGUCAUUAAUUUAUACAUACAAUUCCCAAUAAGCUUACGUGCAGAAUGAAAGAAUGUUGAAAAAAUAGUUAAUAUAAUUAAUUAUUUAGAUGUACUUAGAAGAGUUUAUCAGUUUUAUUUUUAUAUUGUAGUUAAGAAUACAUAAAUAAUAUAAAGUAUUUACGAAUUUAUUGUCUGGAUACUUAGUGCAAUUAUAAAGUUGAACAUGAGACAUAUCAUGUGGUUGGAAAUUAAAUUCGACAUACUAUAUUAGAAUUCAUUACUUGUUAUCGCUAGAUAGCUAUAUAAAAUUGUGGAUAAUAUUUAUAUAACUUUACCUAUGUGAAAUAUAUAAUAAUUCAUCAAUAAUCCAUUCAAGGUACUAAUGAAAUUGAAAGUAGGGUAGUAAUAAAAUUAUAGUAAAUAGGUAAACAUCAUCUUUGAUUUUAAUAGUCAAAGGUUUAGAAAUAUUCUUGUGUUAUGUAAACAAUGUCACACAAAAAUACUGCCAAUAGAUAAACUGCUUGUGACAAGCAUUUAUGAAACAAAAAAUGUAUUAUGUAUACUAAUUUAGAAUACGGAGCAUACAGAUCGAUAACUUACGUAGUGAUUGAGGUUAGUUUUUCAGUCUUUAGAGUUAACUGUAUAAAAUGCUUACUUUUGUGGUAAAAUCUAAAGAAUUAAUAUCGAACAACAGUGUAAUAUACACAUAUAACAUUUGUGGUUGAUUAAGUAUAAAAAAGUUAGUUGUAUUAGAAAAAUGUUAAAACUUCCUUGAUGAUAAUAAAAUUACAUGACUAUUAUGUUGUAACACAUAAUCAAAAAUUAUUUUCCUCUGUCUAUUGUCUAGUCAUUUGAAAAUGCUUGAUUGCAUUUUAAAAGGACUUGAUUAAUUGUUAUCAAUUUAGGUAUGAUUUGAUAUCAAGAAGUUUUAGAAAACCGGUAUUACCUCUUUAAAAUUAAAUGUGUCGUUGUUACUAUAAAGUUGUUAUACGUACACGUCAUGAUUAUACCUCUAACUAUAUUAUUUUUAAAUCAUUUAAUUUAACUUUUUUCUUUUUAAGCAUUUCUUAAACAUUGUUAUUUAUUGACACAGAGGCUAUUACAAA